CCCACAGCGGGUCGACCAAGGCGUCAAAAGAGUCGUUCGCCGUACGCUUCAAUCCAAAUUUCCCUCCAAAAAAAAAAAGUUAAAUUUUCAUUUUUUGAUGUACUAAAUAAUGAUUAAAGAACAAUUGGCUCCUCACCCAUGUUUUGUUUUUCUCUAUAAAAGUCCAACUCACUGUACACGAUUCCUAAUCACCCACCCACCACUACCCCCAAUCUCACUCAACUCAACCAUGUGUCCUCCUCCUUCCCACCACGGCCUUGAUCCGGUGGCGUCGUACUCUCAUCGCCGCCCCGGCGAGGUCCACGUCAUCGUAGGACCCAUGUUCGCCGGCAAAACCACCGCCCUCCUCCGCCGUGUCAUGUCCGAAGCUGAUUCCGGCAGAAGUGUAGCCAUAGUAAAAUCGAGCAAAGACAAUCGAUACGCAGAGGAUGAAGUGGUAACGCAUGACGGCACGAGGUUGCCUUGCUGGGCAUUGCCAGAUCUCUUAUCCUUUAAGACAAAAUUUGGUCCCGACGCCUAUCUCAAAUUGGAUGUGAUUGGUAUCGACGAGGCUCAAUUUUUCGCUGACCUCUAUGAUUUCUGCUGUGAGGCUGCUGAUGUUGAUGGCAAAACUGUCGUGGUAGCUGGCCUUGACGGCGAUUACUUAAGGAGGAGUUUUGGGUCGGUGCUGGACGUGAUCCCACUUGCAGAUAGCGUGACCAAAUUAACGGCAUGGUGUGAGGUAUGCGGCGAGCGCGCAUUCUUCACAUUAAGGAAAACGGACGAGAUGCAAACGGAGCUCGUGGGUGGGGCUGACCUUUACAUGCCCGUUUGCCGCCAGCACUACACCAUCGGGCAAGCUCCCAAAACUGAUGUGCAAACUACAUCUGUUCUUCUUCAGACUGACCUCAUUCUUGGUACCGCUGGCACGGCUUAGAGAAUGUUCUUUUACCAACCAUCCCAUUAUGUGUAUUAUGUCGUCGUUUUUUAUAAUGUUUUGAAUUAGAAGAUGAACGUAAAUUCUAUCACACCAUUGAGAGGAAUCAAAC